AUGGCUCUGAAGACCAAAAGCAGUGAUACUGAUGAGUCUUCUGAUGAUGAAGAUUUUAAGAUGAAAUCCUAUAUCAUAAGGCAGUUCAAAAAGUUCAUGAAGAAUGCCAUUGCAAAGGGAUUUGAUAAAGAUCAUAAGCAGUCUAGUUUUGGACACAUGAAACAAGAAUGUCCAACUUAUCUCAAGACUAUUGGGAAAAGCCAGGCCCUUGCUACUGCCUUGAGUGAUACUGAGCCUGAGGAUGAAUCAGAUGACAAUGAUGAUGAGGGAAUAUCGAAUGCCUUCACUGCUACAGUUGAUCCUACUGAUGGUGUUUCAGAAACAGUAGAUGAUGAAGAGGACUUGACUAUUGGGAAAAGCAAGGCCCUUGUUGCUAUCUUGAGCAACACCGAGCUUGAGGAUGAUUCAGAUGACAAUGAUGACAAGGGAAUCUUGAAUGCCUUCACUGCUACAGUUGAUCCUACUGAUGGGGAUUCAGAAAUAGUAGAUGAUGAAGAGGACUUGGUGGACUCUAAGUUGGCCACCAAGAAGCUUAGUGAUGUAGAGCAUGAACGAGAAGAAAUCUCCAUAAAGUUUGAUGAAGCUAAUCAGGCUAUUGGAGCACUGCGGUUUGAAAACAAUUUCUUGGCUGAGAAAACCAAGAAGCUUACGGCUCAUCUUGGUGGCUUCGUCGAAUCUCCCUCUCCUUCUCUAAAGGCUUUUGAAAACGAGGACGACGAUUGUGACUCUGAUGGUGAUGAUGCUGAUGAGGAUGAGGAUGAGGAUGCUAGCUCUUCCGAUAACGAUGAGAUGACUGCUUCUCAGUGA